AUGGAUACAAAAGAGCACAAGGCUCAUCGACCUCGCCAAUCUGGCUCUAAGAAAGAUAAAAAGACAAAAAAACAAAAAAAGCAACAAGAAAAAAAUCCAAAGGCGUUCGCGCCUUUAUCCGGAAGAAAAGCGGACAAACUUGCCAGGCGUAAACAAGAAAUAAUACAAAAUAAACUUCAUGUACCAUUAGUAGAUCGAACACCAACCGAACCACCACCAGUUGUGGUUGCGGUAGUUGGUCCACCCCAGACUGGAAAGACAACGCUGAUAAAGUCUUUGGUAAAACGAUAUACCAAACAUAACCUUACGGAAACAAAAGGACCCAUUACUGUCGUUAGCGGUAAAAGAAGAAGACUGACAUUCAUUGAAAGUGCAAAUGAUAUGAAUUGUAUGAUAGAUAUUGCCAAAGUAGCUGAUCUAGUAUUAUUGUUGAUUGAUGCAAGUUUUGGAUUUGAAAUGGUGAGUGAACCUGAUUUACCCGAAACUUUUGAAUUCCUAAAUAUUUUACAAACACAUGGAUUCCCAAAGAUUAUAGGCGUACUUACACAUCUUGACAAAUUUAAAAACAACAAAACGUUAAAGGUCACUAAAAAACGAUUAAAGCAUCGCUUUUGGACUGAAAUUUAUCAGGGGGCAAAGCUUUUUUAUUUAUCAGGAGUAAUAAAUGGUCGAUAUCCAAAUCAGGAAAUUCAUAACCUUUCGAGAUUUAUUUCGGUUAUGAAGUUUAGGCCAUUGGUUUGGAGAAAUACUCAUCCAUAUCUAGUGGCCGAUCGCGUAGAAGAUUUAACCGAUCCUGAGGAAGCUAGAAAGAAUCCCAUCUGCGAUAGAACGGUUACUCUGUAUGGAUAUUUGCGUGGAACAAAUAUGAAGUCAAACAUGAAGGUACACAUCCCUGGCGUCGGAGAUCAUUAUCUAUCGGAUGUAACUGUACUUCCGGAUCCGUGUCCACUACCGGAUAAAGUAAGGAAGAGUUUGAGCGAAAAACAAAAGCUCAUCUAUGCACCAAUGUCUGAUGUUGGUGGAAUUAUGUAUGACAAAGAUGCUGUGUACAUCAAUGUACCAGGGAAUUUUACAAAGGAGAACAAUGAAGAUGGAGAUGAACAUGAGGUCGAGCAAGGACCUGGUGAAAAAAUGGUAAUAGAUUUACAGGAUGCACCAGAGACUCUUGCUUCGAGGCUAAAAGAAACUUCUCUUUCAAUUUUUGCUAAUUCUGUUCCUAUAAAAGGUGCAGAAGUUGAGGAAAGUCAACACAAUGGUUCAACGAGAUCGUUGGAUGAUGAUGAGUCAGAUCGCACCAGACGUAAAGUAGCCUUUGAGAAUGAAGAAAACGGGACAUAUGAAGAUUUUGAAAAUGAUCGAAUAAAUUUAGAAGAAAAUAAAGAUAACAAUCAUACU